AUGUGUCAGGUGCCAGGAUGUAUCAUGUGCCAGGAUGUGUCAGGUGCCAGGAUGCAUCAGGUGCUAGGAUGUGUCAGGUGCCAGGAUGUGUCAGGUGCCAGGAUGCAUCAGGUGCUAGGAUGUGUCAGGUGCCAGGAUGUGUCAGGUGCCAAGAUGCAUCAGGUGCUAGGAUGUGUCAGGUGCCAGGAUGUGUCAGGUGCUAGGAUGUGUCAGGUGCCAGGAUGUGUCAGGUGCCAGGAUGUAUCAUGUGUCAGGAUGUGUCACGUGCCAGGAUGUAUCAGGAUGUGUCAGGUUCCAGGAUGUAUCAUGUGCCAGGAUGUGUCAGGUGCCAGGAUGUAUCAGGAUGUGUCAGGUGCCAGGAUGUAUCAGGUGCUAGGAUGUGUCAGGUGCCAGGAUGUGUCAGGUGCCAGGAUGUAUCAGGAUGUGUCAGGUGCCAGGAUGCAUCAGGUGCUAGGAUGUGUCAGGUGCCAGGAUGUGUCAGGUGCCAGGAUGUGUCAGGUGCCAGGAUGCAUCAGGUGCCAGGAUGUGUCAGGUGCCAGGAUGCAUCAGGUGCUAGGAUGUGUCAGGUGCCAGGAUGUGUCAGGUGCCAGGAUGUGUCAGGUGCCAGGAUGUGUCAGGUGCCAGGAUGUGUCAGGUGCCAGGAUGUAUCAUGUGUCAGGUGCCAGGAUGUAUCAGGUGCUAGGAUGUGUCAGGUGCCAGGAUGUAUCAGGAUGUGUCAGGUGCCAGGAUGCAUCAGGUGCUAGGAUGUGUCAGGUGCCAGGAUGUGUCAGGUGCCAGGAUGUGUCAGGUGCCAGGAUGUAUCAUGUGUCAGGUGCUAGGAUGUGUCAGGUGCCAGGAUGUAUCAGGAUGUGUCAGGUGCCAGGAUGCAUCAGGUGCUAG